AUGAUAACGGGGAGCCCUCAGAUGAUCUGGUACCUGCCAUUCUGGACACUGCCCAUCAGUACAACAUCCAGGUAUGGCUCCCAUGGUGCAUUUUACCGUUACAAGACCAGUAUGGGCAAGAGCCUCCCACUCUUUUAUAUCUACGACUCCUACCUGACAUCCCCUGAGGCCUGGGCCCACCUCCUGACACAAAAUGGGCCCCACUCCAUCCGCAACACCCCCUAUGAUGGGGUCUUUAUAGCGCUGCUGGUGGAGGAGGGCCACACCCAUGACAUCCUUGCUGCGGGAUUUGAUGGGAUGUACACCUACUUUGCCUCCAAUGGCUUCUCCUUCGGCUCCUCUCAUCAGAACUGGAAGGCUGUGAAGAACUUCUGUGAUACCAACAACCUGAUGUUCAUUCCUAGCGUGGGGCCUGGGUACAUCGACACCAGCAUCCGGCCCUGGAACAACCACAAUACUCGCAAUAGGGUCAAUGGCAAGUACUACGAGACAGCCCUGCAGGCGGCCCUGACAGUGAGGCCCGAGAUUGUCUCCAUCACCUCUUUCAAUGAGUGGCACGAGGGCACACAGAUCGAGAAGGCUGUUCCCAAGAAGACGCCAACUCGUCUGUAUUUGGACUACCUGCCCCACCAGCCCAGCCUGUACCUGGAGCUGACCCGCCGCUGGGCAGAGCACUUCAUCAAGGAAAAGGAGCAGUGGCUGAUGUGAGGGGCUACUACUCAAACCUCAUUAGGUCACCAAGCUGGUUCAAAUGAGAAAUAGGCACAUGCUAGUCCCAAGUAGCCAAUGGGUGCUUGUGGAUGGGCCAGCUAGCUCAUGUAGAACAAAGCCCGGCCCUUGGACUGGUGGUGCUGGGGCGAAGGGAAGCAAGGCUUGAUGAAGGAGGCUGGCAGGAAGCCGCACAUGGCUCAGGGCCGCUCCACGUCAUUUAGCUUUCGGCUGUGGCAGGUUGUAGUGUAGUUGUCAGCCACUGUGCUUAAAAGGGUCUCAGGGUUCUGAGCUAGCAUGCCCCUGCUUCCUUUGGACAGCCUACAUCUCCUCAGGCACCUUCCUUUUUCUGCUGAAUACAGGGAACAGUAUUUGACUUCAGAAGGGGACUUUGUUUAAGGUCUUUCCAGUCCAUUUCUGUGCCCCUUUACCAGGAAACACUGAGCACCCACUCAUUACUAAGCAUCUUAUGGUCAGGUGCUGGGAAAUUUGGUCAGCGUUCCCUUCUGGAGCUUCCAGGAGCUCGCUUUUGGUGUAGCUAUGCAGCUAGCACCUUGGCUGUUUUGCUCUUCUUUGCAGCUACACCCAGGGCUGGAAGUUCAACUAUUUUCCUCCAAGAAAAUAGCUCUGCUUCAGAGGCUCUCCUGAUGAACAUAAAGCUGCAGAGGAUUAGGUCACUCCCUCCCUCUGGCUAUCUAGGCUGGGGAGGCCACACAUUAGGGCCACUCAGUGCUACUACGAUUUGUAUUAAACAUGAAGUAGUGUUUGCCAGUCCACGUUCCUCUUGCUGUCCUCUAGGUCAGACUGUGACAAAUUAGUGUAUGUCUGGGCUGGCUAGUUUUAGCACAAUGGAGAUGGGCUUGCUUAAAUGACUAGUUCAUGAUUUCUAGAAGGAAGUUAGCAAGCCAGUACUUAUUUAUAAACAAACUAAUGUUAAUUGCAAGGAUCCUUGUUAAAGUACAUCCAAUGAAAUAUUUUUCAGCAAGGUUCUCAAAUACACUUGAGGUGUUCACUGGAAACUACUGUACUGGUUUAGAGGCUAAGGCUGAGCCGUGACUCUGGGAAGAGGAAGCAGCAGAGGAGAUGAAGUAGAAUACAGGUCAUUUCAAGGACAACCAGUCCAUUUACUGAGAGAUGAGCAGGGCUGGUCACCUGGACUGUAGCUUAGUUGAGAGGGCUGGAUUUUUACCAGUGCUAAUUUCAUUUCAUACAUACACAGCUUGGAUACAGUAAGGCCAGCAGGAAGGGGCAGGCAUCUUCAAUGAAAGUUGACACAGAUCUUCUGAAGGCUAAUCUACAUCAACAGCCAUAAUGCACAUAUACACCUUGACCUAGAAAUCCUACCCCAAAGGAAAUAGCUCAAAAGAAAAAUAAACCAUUUACAACUGUUUAUAGCAGCAUUUUUUUAAUAAAGAAAAAUACAGCUUAAAUACUCAAAAAUAAUUAUGUAUGCAGAAUACUUGGCACAUAUGUGAACAAAGAUAAAACUUCUGAGUAAACAAUGAAGUUAAAUAAAUUAUACACAGAACUAUAUAAUUUAUUUUAUCAAUAAAUAAGAAAGUCACUGGCUGAACAGUCAAGAUUUUAUUUUCCAGUAUUAUUUCACUUGGGACCCCCCCCCCCAAGAUAGUUUCCCUAAAAUAUCUCUCUGGUACCCAGGAAAGCUGUCUUGGGUUCUUGGACUUUCCUGCCUUGGUCCUGAGACUUCUAGAACACACUAGUGCUUCUAGCUGGCUCGACAUGAAGUACCACUGUCACCAGAAACAAGCUCUUAAUACAUUCUAAUUCUGUACUCAAUUUACUUUUGACUUUUAAAGGUCUCAAAAUAGUAAGGCCGAUCUAAGAAUGUUCUUUUUUUUUUUUUUCCCAGAC